AUGCAGCUCUUCAGCCUCCCCCUCAAUCACGGCGGGGUUGUCACUGGCCGGGUCUUGCUACCCCUGAAUCCCCCUGCAUCCCAGUUCCUACCCCUACGAGUCUGCGUGCAUGGCGGCAGUUACGACUCGGAGUAUUGGGAUGCGGGCUCGUAUUUCAUUACUCAGAUCUCCGAUGCCCUGCACAUUCCUGUCGUCGCUAUUGACCGGCCAGGCUAUGGCGAGACCACCCCCCCCCCCCCCCUGAUUCUCCCGCAACGUAAGAGGUGA